CAUUCAAUACAGACCAUCUGAAAACAAAAUCUCAAAAACUUUACAAAAUGUUCAAGUUGGUGGUAUUGUCUGCUCUUCUCGCCGUAGCUGCUGCUCGUCCCGGUCAUUUGGAAACACCUCUCUUCUAUUCUGCUGCUCCAGCAGCCACUGUUACCGUUCAGGAAUCGUCAUUGGCUCAUGUAGGUAAUGUGGUAAAGAGUGUACCCUCUGCUGUGUCACACCACAGCAACAGUGUUGUCCACAGCAGUGCCAAUGUUGUGGAAGAUGUCUACAGUCCAGCUGUUAAGACCACAUCGUAUACAACCAAGACUUUGGCUACACCAGUUGUAGAAACCUAUGCCGCUGCUGCACCUGUGGUACAAAGUUAUACUGCUGCCGCCGCUGCUCCUUUGGUACAAACCUAUGCUGCUCCAUUGACCCAUACUUAUGCUGCUGUUCCAGCUUAUUCAACCUAUGCUGCUUCAGCUCCAUUGACUUAUACAGCCACUGGUGUAUGGUAA